AUGGGCACACUCAUCUCACCCAAAUAUCCGUCGAUGGAGCGGCAGGACCUAACUCAAGGCCAGCUCGGUAGCUUCAAGUUCACACCUGUUGAUAUUGAGCAUGAGCAACGCAACAAUAUCUUCGGAGAAACGCCGAUGCUGUGGCAAGCACAAGCCAAGCUUAGAGCACGUCUCGAACAGCAACCGGCUCUGGAGGGCGUCGCAUGGGACAACGAGUAUCCUCGCAAGAAGAAUAAUAGGUUUGAUAGGACGAAAGGGUCGCCCUACGGGCCUCUCUCUCACGCAAGCCCCAGAUUCAUCAAUGACUACAUAAGUUCAGGCACUGAGGACACAGGAGUCAAAAUGGACGUUGUUGAGUCGCGCUCAUCCUUGAAUUGCAACAGUCCUGAGCGUCUUCACUACGUUCACCAAGCCAAUUAUCCUCCUUUCUACCCUUCUCAACCUCGUUCACACCUCCUGAGAUCGGCAAUGAAUCCCGAAGCCAGUGCCUUCGAUCCGAGUACGGCCUCAUCAGACUCCGGUCGUGAACACGAGGAUAACUACAGACUCUUCAAUAGCAGUCUCUGUCGGGCUCUUCAAGCCGAGCAACAAGCGCACGAAGAGGCUCUCGAGCAAGUGGACAAUGUCCUAGCCAAACUCCACACUCUCGAGAUUCAGUUCAAGACGGUAGUCUCUGACAACAAGAGCCUUGCAGCCACGAUCAAAGCGCUGUCAGCCAUUGUCAAGCACAACGAAAAGAAGAUCAAGGAACUUGAAGAUCGUGAGGCAGCUCAUUUGGCAGGCCACAGUGACAAAAGCGGCUCGAUGAAUGGCAAUGUGAACACUGCAGCGAUGAGCACCGGCCUUGAGACCGCUACGAAGAACCUUCCCAAUGACCUGCGCGGUUCCGACCCCAGCUUCGACUACGAUCAAGCCUCGCCUCUUGUCAAGCAAGUCAGUCCAGGGUCAGACCACUCCCGUAUCUUCGACCUCAAUCUUCUCGACACACGAAGCUCAAGCAAUCCGCAGACUGCAAACCUGAGUAGAGCUCUGCGCAAGCACUUCUCUGUCGACGAGACUUCCUCUGUGAGCUCGACUUCUGUCAAUAUUACUGUCGACAACGAGCAGAAUGCUGACGAAUUGAUUCACGUCUCUCCUCAGAAGCCGAAGACAGUGUCACAGUUGCAGGCCGAUGUGAGCAACACACUUGCUGCUGAGCCUGUGUCGACCCCAAGCCAAUCUACCAUGGCAAAGGCGGCUGGCAAACUAUUGUCCACCGACAAGCUAUGGUCCGCCGACAACGAGAUGCCAAAGCUUCCUGCUGCGUUCCUCAACACGUACACUCCUAAGAGGAAGGCUGCACCUGUUCCGCAGGAGCAGACGGAAAUGACGGCUCUACCCGAUCCAUCCCCAAAGAGCAGCGGUCCUGUUACUGUCAAAGUCGCUGCUCCGCUCAGCCUGUCCAUUCAUUGGAAAGUGACCAAAGAGAACCCGAUCUUCGACGACGAGCGCGACUGGACUGUCGGAUUCAAUUCGCAGCCCUAUCAGCGCAACCCUUCCCUCGAUGUCUUCUGGAAGCACCCUGUCCGCUUCAUGGAGUAUGGCGAUAACGACAAGAACAUCUUCCGCACUGUCAUGGUUGAUUACAUCCCAAAGGAUGCUACGUAUCAGGACGUUCUGGAACACAUCUAUGGUGGAUCACUGGAGAAGGUUGAACUUGUCCCUGCCGUCGGUCGCGAAUCCGAGCACAAGACUGCUCGUCUUGUCUUCAACACCGAGCUUGGUGCAAGCACUACCGCCAACUUUGCCCGCGACUACGGCAUUAAGAUCAAAGGAUACCCUGUGCGGGUCUGGCAAGUCCUCACACCUACCUAUCCCAAGAACAACCAACUGGAUCGAGAAGUCUUCGAAGACGCCUACACGCGCAUCUUGAUGAUCGACAAGGUCAGCGAACAAGCCGUGAACUCGCUCCCAGUCAAAUUGGCUACCUACAAGAAUCAGAUCGUUGAGAUUAGGUACACUUUCGAUCACUUUCCGAUGGUCGAAUUCACCAGCGUCGCGGCAGCUACUAACGCCUAUCGUCAUCUCGUACGGGAUCCUCUCUUCGCUGGCGCUGAAUUCGACUUCGAUCACGACUACUGUGAUGGGCGUGGUCUCGACGAGGUCGCCUUGAAGGAUCUCUGGGGUCCGGAACCCACGUCUCAGCCAGCAACGGAAUGA